CUUUCGUUUUGACCAUCACUAAAAAAAAGUGUAUAUAUAUGUUAGACACAACACAAAGAGCGUGACAUAGCUUCUUCAGAGCAAAAAAAAACGCUGAAACAAGAGAAUCACAGCAGAAACAAAAGGAACAGUGAAACUCAGGGUUUCGUGAGAAGAACCUUGUUCAAGCGUUUGUGAACGCGGAUUUAUGUCGGCUGGGUUUGAAUCAAAAGCUCUGAUUUCAUCGCUGAUUAACAUCUCUUGUCCGAUUUCAUCAUCUGCUUGUUCGAACCCUGGUCUGGCAAACGCACUUCACUUCUGCUCUAAGCAGAGGCUUGUUCUCGAGAUUCCCUCUCUUUCCAUGCGCUUAAGGCCCAAAAGGACUUGUUCUGGCGUUGAAGUGUUCGGUGGUUUUCACAUAAAGCAGCAAAAGUUUUCUUUUUUCAUAGUUCGCUGAGAUUUUUUUUUUAUUACAGAACCCCUUUUUUAAUCUGAGUGAUUCUGUUCUGUUUUUUUUUUUUGGUUCUUCUGGGGGGUUUUUGAGGAUUUUGGUUGUGUGAUAACGACAACAAUGGUAGCGAUUAGGAAACAACGUGUUACGAAGAAACCAAAGAGUGAUAACUCUUUAUCAUCCGAUCCUCAAGAAACCCAAGUUUUGAGAAAAGUGAGGAUCAUCGUGGCCGAUCCUUACGCAACUGAUGAUUCCUCUAGCGACGAGGAAGAGAUGAUCCCUAGGCCUCGUCCAGUGAAACGCAUUGUACGUGAGAUCAACUUUCCAUUGCAUUCUGAUAGUGCUUCACCGGAUAGUACUGUGACCAUGAGCAAGAGAGCAGGGGCGGCUAGGUUCGCGGCUUCUCGUGCCAAGUUGCUUAACAAGCCUGUUGGUGUUAGGCAGAGGAAGUGGGGCAAGUGGGCUGCUGAGAUUAGGCAUCCCAUCCUCAAGACGAGGAGGUGGUUGGGUACUUUUCUUACUCUGGAAGACGCUCAUCAAGCUUAUAAAAAUAAGAGGAGAGAGUAUGAUGAACUUCUCGGCAUCGUUGAUGAUCCUCUCCCUGUGUCCGAGGAUGCUAAACCUGAGGUUUCUUCGUCUGAGAACAGUCAGUGCUCAGGCUCCUCAACCACUACUUCUCUCGAGCAAGACGCUUCUUCUUCUUCAGCUAAAGAAGAAGUGAUGAUGAAGAUCACUACAAAUGAUGAUGAUGGUGUUGAUUUGAGCGAGGAAGUGUUGUUUGAUUUCAACUUUGCUGAUCUACAAAUCCCUGAGUUCAUUGGUGACGGUGGAUCAAUGGGAGGUGGAGGUGGAGGAAACGAUCUUGGUCUAGACUUUGAUUGUUUCUUCACUGAUGAUCAGCUUGAUGAUUUUGGUUUGCUGGAUGAUAUUAGCGGAUUUGAAGAAAGCGGUCCGAGUGCCUUACCGGAUUUCGACUUUGCAGAUGUUGAGCUUGAGCUAGCUGGCUCGAGUUUCCUGGAUCAAACCUCGCCUCUCAACAUGACUUGCUCCAUGAAAAGUUUUGCUGCUUAAGAAUAUACGAGUUUUCUUUCAAGUGAGGAGAGUUUUUAUGUUUUUCUUUUGGGUAUUUGAAUAAGACAUACAAAGAAGUGUAUGUUCCAGAGAGAAGUAAGAUCGUAGGACGAUAAGUAGCCGGGUUUUGCAAUUAGGAGUGUUUUUUAUUUAUUUAAAUUAUUGUUUUGAGAUGUAAAAGAUGAAGUAAUGAAAGUUUGAUGCUCUAAUGAUUCAUAACUGUUUUUGCUUCUCU